UUGUCCUAUCAGAGUAUUGGGCAAGUUAUCUCCCUUGUUAUCAGUAAUCCUUGCUUAGUACAGAAGUCAUGGCAGCUGUGGCCGAACGUCGAAUUGGAGCCGUCAUCGGUUCUCUUGUUGCUGAUGCUGCUGUGCAACCAAUUCAUUGGAACUACAACAAAGAAAAGUUGACUGCUUUACUGAGUACAAGAAGUGAUUGGGAAUUCUGGGAACCAUCACAGAAUCCAUUCUAUGUGCAAAAGACUGGCAAGCAAACCUGUUAUGGAGACCAAAAUUUUGUUGUUUUGAAAUCCCUUGUGGAAAAUUCAGGUAUCAAUGCAGAUCAUUUGAAGAAAUCUCUCUAUGAAUAUUUUGGUGCCGGUACUGCUUAUGACAACCCAAUUUGGUCUGGUGGUCCGAAAAACUUACCAAUUAAUGGCUGCUGGAGGAAUGGUUCUAUUCGAGAUUUCCUCAAGAAUUAUGAAGAGAAGAAGCAAGAAACAGGUUCUGAAUCUGAUGAACAAAUAGACUGUGUUCUAAGAAUUAUUCCUGUUGCUGCUCUCUAUGCUGGCCAUCCUCAACUUCUAGACAAAGUCGAACAAGUCGUAAGACUCACCCAAAACAAUGAUGUUGCUGUUGCUUUUGGAUUGUUGGCAGCUCGAUUGUUGGAGAUUUAUAUCCUGAAUGGUCCAACAGCUGAUGUCAUUGGACAAUUAAGGACUCAACUGACCGACCCAAAAAGGAGCUCUCCAAGUGACCUUGACACUGCCUUAGUGUCUCAUCUCCAGAAAGUGGUGCAAGUCAAAGACCAACCGCAUGUUGAUGUGGCUUGUAAUGUCUUCAAGAACAACUGACAUUUGCCUUAUGCUUUCCAAUCUGCCAUACAUGGGUUGCUGUGUAGCCAUGACUUUGUGAGUGGCGUGAAGACCACAAUGGAAGCCGGUGGUUGUAAUGCCUCAAGAGCAGGGAUCAUCGGUGCUUGCAUGGCAGCACAGUAUGGAGUGGAAAGCAUUCCUGAGAGCUGGAGGCAGAAAACUCUUCUUAUUGAAGAGAUCAAGAGCCUUGCAGCAAAACUGGUUGCUGUUGAAAUUUAAGUAUAUAUACACACAUCUCUUUGAUGAACUAAACAUCCAGUGUUAUUGAUCAGAAACAUCCAACACCAUUCCUAUUACUCUCUGAAUUAUGACAGCCUUGUGGAAACCUCGGAUAGCAAGUCUUGAAGCCUUUUGCAUAUGGAACAAUAGGAAUGUUGUUUGAUAGACAUCAAUGCUACUGGUACAUUAAAACAACAUCAAAGGAAAUAGGCAUACAUGGUUUCAAUUUUGAUAUUUUAUUAUUAUUGUUUCCAACAUUCUUUUCAAAGAACCUAUGAGAAUCUUGUUGAAACCUGAAUAAAAUGGAAAACAAGAUUUGAUGUCUUUUCUUUUGGCAAACUAUGUUGGAAAGGACAAAAUUGAUUCCUAUAUAACUAGUGUGCUAAAAAUUAUUAUAAUAAUGAUAUUACUUGAUUUUUUAUUGAAAUAUCAGCUUCAUCUCUCCAUUUCACUUCUUUUGUCAACCCUCACUUUUUUUAGGACUGUAAUUUCCAAAGAUUAGAAUACUAUUUUUUUUUUUUCUCACAUAUUCAGUUUGAAAUUUCAAAUUUAGGAAACUGUCGUGUUUCCAUAAAUUAAAAUCAAGAGGGGAAAAAUUUGAAUCACAAAUUUUUUUUAAAUGUAUAAUUGAAAUCUGAACUUGAAUUUGGAUUUUAAAAAAUACCAAAAUAUCAAAUUUGGCCAUCAAAAUCCUAUUUUGGAAUUUUAGAGGAUUAUCCAAUUUUGGUUUUUAAAAUAGUUUUUUCACUUUAUUUAUUUAAUUUGAAAUUUUAAGUUGUAAUAUAAGAAACUAAAAAUUAAAUCUGAAGUUAUUAAAAAAAGUAAACUUUUUUUAUUGAAUUUCAGUUUUAGAAAUUCAACCAAUUUUGAUCUAUUAAAUUAAAAACCAGAACCCCUAACGUCAUAGUUAAUUAUUAGCUCAAGAGGUAUCUUGCUGCUCAGUACUAUAAUUAUUCUGACAUAUUUAAAAGAAUUUAACUAAUUAUGUUAUAACUAAUUACUAUUUUCAUAUAUAUAUAUAUAUAUAUAUAUAUAAAAUAUUAUGUCAAUGAUAGGUAUAUAUGUGCUCAGGUUGACUUCCUGCCUAAACUCUAACUGCUGCUUAAAAUGCUAUAGCUGCCUAAAUGAUGAUUGGCUUAUUUCAAACGAGCUGGUAUGUGUAUGAUAGAAUAAAGUAUAGAUAUGCAAACAACUGGUAUCAGAUUGGAUUAAGACAUUUAUUAUUUUUAUGCAACUUAGAUGGAGGUUUAUAUCAUCAUAUGUCUAACCAGAAGGAAAACAUACUCAAUACAUGUUGUAGAGUUUAUACAUUCUUUCAUCUGAAGCUAAUUGUAAGUUUUAUAACAACAAAGAAUAAUUUUUCAAAAUAUAGAAAGAGAAAACUAAUCAUGUAAUGUAUAUUUCUGAAUAAAAAAUUUGAUAUUACUACAA